CUAGCAUGGAGCUAACACCGAAUGCGGAGAAUUGACUCUCGAGGGACAGGAAAGUGGAUUCUAGGAGGGUUGAGGAUAAUUCAAUGAGUUUCGGAAGCAGCAUUCAACCAGUGAUGGAUCAGUGCGCGCACACUGGCCACCGUAGGAUUGUUAAGACGCCGUGGGAUAGAGCUUUAGACGCAAGAAGAAUCUUCUUGCUCGCUUUCGUAAGGCUUCCUCCUGAUCUCGAACAAUCGUAGAGCAUCUAUAUCGCCGAGCCCAGCUUCGGCUUGCCAGAGCAGACUCAGAAAUCAUGGCUGGGAACAAAACUACUGCGUUGUCUCUGGGUAUCUUGGGACCCGGCUUAAUAGGCGCCACGCUCCUGGAUCAGCUGCGAGACCAGGCACCGAAUCUGAAAGAGCACUUCAGAAUUGAUUUACGGGUGGUAGGAAUCGCGAGUUCUAAGAUUAUGUUUCUGGAUGAAUCGGCGGUAGAUCUUUCAAAAUGGAGAUUAGAAUAUAACGAUAGAGGAACCGAGACAGAUCUACGCAGCUUCAUAUCACACCUUCAACAAGAUCACUUCGGGCCAAAUAAAGCUAUCGUGGACUGCACUGCUAGUGCUGAUGUAGCCGAGCACUAUCUCGAGUGGCUGAAGUUGGGGAUUCACAUUAUCACUCCGAAUAAGCGAGCUAACUCUGGUCCUCUUGAAAAGUAUCUUUCAGUGAGGGACAUCCAGCGCCAAUCCUGUACACAUUACUUUUACGAAGCAACUGUUGGAGCUGGUCUCCCUAUUAUAAGCACUUUGCGCAGCUUGAUUGAAACUGGUGAUCAAAUCCAAGAGGUGCAGGGAAUCUUCAGUGGGACCUUGAGCUAUAUCUUCAACAACCUUACUGGCGACCGAACGUUUAGUGACGUAGUAAAGGAGGCAAAAGCAAAAGGCUACACGGAACCUGAUCCAAGGGAUGAUCUUUCUGGAACUGAUGUUGCUCGAAAGGUCGUCAUUCUUGCUCGAGAAGCGGGGUUGAAGUUGGAGUUGCAUGACAUUCCUGUACACAGUCUCGUGCCACAGGAACUGCAGGACCCAAAGCUGUCUGUUGAGGACUUCAUGAAAAGGCUUCCUGACUUUGAUGAAGCACUUAGUUCACGGAGAAAAGAGGCAGAAUCAUCUGACGAGGUGUUACGCUAUGUGGGAGUAGUCGAUGUCCUAAACAACCGUGGUUCUGUUGAGCUUAAAAGAAUUCCCAAGUCUGAUGCUUUUGCGCAGCUCAAUGGAAGCGACAAUAUCAUCGCCUUCAAAACCGCACGGUACAAUGAAAACCGUUUGAUAGUAAGAGGACCUGGUGCUGGUGCAGCUGUUACAGCAGGAGGAGUUUUUAGUGAUAUUUUGAAGCUGACUUCUAACUUGGGGGCUCCAUCAUAGGUAACAGAUAGUCCAAGUUCAGAAGAAGUGUUCAUGUUAUCAACAGCGUCCGAACAGGAUUGUGCAGUGGUAAGAGUUCAGUUUGUACUCACCUAAUAGUUCGUACUUAGCCACCAAAGUUAAGGAUUACCGCUCGUAUAGAGUCUCCCCACGAUACCCGACAAUUUUUGUAAGCAACAAGGAUCCAUUCUUCAACUCCAUUCUGAGAUGAGCUCUAGUGAAAUCUGAGUACGGUACCAGUUUAGUCACGAUACUUUGGUCCUGAGAUUGCUUCGUGAAAGGUGCUGUUAUCAUAUCAGAAAGGGCAACGUUGCAACCGUGAGUAAAUUCGUUCACUUCAAUUUGGAUUAUGCAGCAUGUGUGACGAUUUCAACUCUCACAUUGAAAAGCAUAACGUUGUCCAGACGUGAUGGUAUAGUUAUGUCUUUGUUCCCUUGCUUAUUAGCUUGUAC